GUGCACUUGCUUUGCUUGUCGGGAGGGAUGAAGCUGCCUUUGGGUAGCGAAGCGCUCAGCCGGUUUGAAACCGCACAAGAGCCGAGAAACUGGGAGGCAGGUACCAUGCUAGCUUGGUUGUGCCUGAACGUGGGCAGAGUUGCCUUGCCACGCCCGUCGUUUCAUGCUGCCGGAGGUUUAGGGCUUGGUCAUACAAACACAAACCCACAUACGACCUACAUUAAGUACGUGAAGCAUGUCUCAAGACGGAAGGACGACAACAAAUAUGUCUCAGGCGCGAAUAUGCCAGCGAAGAACGAUCUACGUCUCAGUGUGCACAUUGUGCUCCCGGGCUACCUCGUCAACUCGUCUACACCCUUCCCAGUUUGCGGCUUCAUGGGCAUCGUGGAAAACGACUAG